ACCAAGUAAUUGUUCUCUAAUAAUUUUGUAAGUGUAUAAACUAUCUAGUAGUUUAAGUAUGGUCCCCAAUAGGAUUCUGUCAUAUCAUAUUAGUUUAUUCUUGUGUUGUUUUUAGAUUUACCAUUUUAAGUAAUUUUCCACACUUCAGUAUAUGUUAUUAAAUUGACAAUGUCAAAGAAAACAGUCAAAACAGAGUAUUAUUGUUCAUUUAAGAAAAAAAUGAUGAGAAAAGGGAUUAAAUAGAGGGCAUGGUAGGAUUGUAGGGGGAGAAGAAGGGAGAAGACUGGAAUGAACUGUAAUUAGAAGUUGUAAAUGCAGUCAAAAGCGCGAUUUUAUCUAGAAGCGGUUGGGUGACCUAGAAGCGUAAAACCGUAAGCUUUUAAGUUUUAAAGCGUAGAUUUUGACUACAUUUGUAAGGAAAAAUCACGAUUCUACGUAAAAGCGUUUUGGUGACCCAAAAAAGUAAAAGCGUAAGUUUUUAAGUUUUAAAGCAUGAUUUUAACUGCAUUGUAAGCCACAAGAGCACAUAACCAUUAGCUAGAGUGAUUCAAUUCUUCAUCUUUAUUUGACACUCCACCAUCAUAAAAACAAACACAAAGGAUGAGGAAUCUAACACUAGCACGAGGAAGUCUUGAAUCUCGAUCAUCACUCAUUUGUCACCGGUGUCCUCGGUUUCAUCAUCAACCAUCAUCCAUUGUCACCGUAGUCAUCCUUGGUAUGAUUAUCGUCACUAGUGUCGAUCUUGUCCCCUAACUCGUUGGCCUCAUCGAUGAUAUUGAAGGCAUCAUCCUCAUCCACCCAUCUCGACGGACUCACUAGUGGUAUCACAGUCGUGAUGAUCAUCGGGGUAAAACUUAAAAUCCGUGCUGGCAAAUACAAUCAUCAUGAUAUAAGUGGGACUAAUAAGUCCUCAUUAAUUUUCAAAAGUAAAAGAUGAUCAGCUUGACAAGAGGUUACACCUCUUGACACUUUUAAUAGGGAUACAAGUUCUUUGUGCGCUUGUAUGUCGAAAUUAUCGUCACCUAAAUGUAUAUUCUCUUUCUUUUGCACAACUCCGAACAUGAGUAAAUAUGUUGUCAUUUUCAUCUCACCUUCUUAGUAGACUUAUGAAUGAUAGUUUGAAUAAAAGUUGUCGAUAUUGUAACUAUUUUUCAACUUCAUAAUUUGCAUAUGAGUCCUGUGAAGAAGACAAUAUUUGUUUCACUUUUUGGACCAAUUUGUCAAGAAAUAGAAGUUAAAUGUUAACUUGACGGAAUAUUUUAGAGUAUAUUGACAUAAAUCUGAAUUUAGUAUCUAGCGAUGUUAUAUGGAUUAGUACAGUGACCAUAUUGAUAAUUUAGCCAGCGAGAAUCAAAGGAAGAAAGGGGCUACUGCGAAGUGAGAAAGCGAGGGUUCAGAGGAACAGGGGACGACGGUGUGUCUCCCGCCGCCGGUCAGUCUUAGAGUGUAAUCGCAAUCGGCGCUCACCGCCACUUGACGUGGAGAGAGAGAGAGAGAUCGUGUUACUCCUGCAAAAGCCUUUCCAGAUCGAGAAGCAAAGAGAAGCAACAGCCAAGGUCCCAUUUGUCUGCUUGCCCAUCAGCUCGCCGCGUGCAGUGGCUCUUUGUUCACUGUUCUGCGGUGAGAUCAUUAUUCAUCGGGUUAUUAGAGGUUUGUUUCGUUGCACUUCUUAGUGGGACUGGGGUGGGGAAUCCUCUACAAUUUGGAUAAUCUCAAUAGGGUUAAGUCCCGCAAGAACACAUCGUGUUAUCUUUGGUUUAAAGGAAAUGAAUUUCCAGUUUCAGCCCAAUGCAUCAUUCUGUUCUUUACAAAUUAGUAGACUGCUAGUGUUUCUUAUGUGUGCAUACAACUGUUAAAGAGAGAAAGUUUCAGCCUUUAAAUUUUAGGUCCUGGGAGCUAUUGGCAUCAUUCUGAGUCUUCUCUGAUUGUGUGUGAAAGCCUUGGCAUCAUUCUUGAAUUGGGCAAGCGAGAUUCAUGACUUAAAUUCUUGUUUCCACAUCAUUAUAUUUAUAACUUAUGCGAAAGUCAGAAUUCAGCGAAUUUAAGCCGGCUUACCAGAGUUCAAGCUUGGAUCAAGCUCAUCGUCUAGUCUGAUUCGGCCUUUCUGAAACCUAGAUUUGACUGUGAAUUGAGUGCAGGUUCAUGCUACAAUUGAGCUCAAGAUUGUCUUUGUUAAUGUGCUUCUGCUGAGCCUAGCUCAGGCCUAGUGAUCUCCAACGCGGUUGCAGUUUUCUUUUAUUCAUUCUGUUGUGUUUUCCUGCCAUUAGUUGGGGGUGCAGGUUCUACAUGUAAAUGAAUACAGAUUUCUGUUGUUGUGCAUGAUGAAUCUAUGCCGAACUAAGCGAAUCAUGAAUCCAUUGACAAUGUGCCCUUUGGCUGAUAGAGGACUGGCAAUUUUGCAGCAAAGCAUGGGAGGUAGAGGUGUUAUUGGGGAUAAAUGGUCCAUGAGGAUUCUCUGGAUGUGUGCUCUCGGAAGUGCAGUCGGUAAGUAUUCCAGAAUGAACAUUACAUACUAGCACUAUUCUGCAACUGGUUUUCUAAAUCGACGGAUGCCAGUUAUAAAAUGAGCACUAAGUGGCUCUCUUUUUCCCAUGCAUUUCCUCUUCUCUCUAUCUGACAAAUUUUCUCUGUAUUCUUGCUUGGCCAGGUUUGUACAUGGUUGCAGUAGAAAGACAAGCACAAAACAGAAAAAAGAUGAUGGCCGAAGGCUUCACGGGUCUGGAUGACGAUGGGGGCGAAGAGGACGAUGUCUAAGCUCUAGUUCUUCUGGUUUGCUAUAGCAACUUUUAUCACAGUCCUGUAUUUUAGCUGUCUUUCAUCGUUUCUCAGUCGAAGCUAGCAGUUCCAAAUAAUAGCAGGGAUUGACACAUCUGGAAACUAGUACCAUGUUGCAACUUUGCCAAGUCUGACACAAUGAUGUUGGACUUUCCAUUGCCCUCGAAACCUCGUCGAAAUAGCUACUUCAGAAGGUAAAAUGUUGACAUAGGUUUUGCUUCCGACUGUGGUUACACGGCCAUGGCAGGCUUUCGUGGAUUCGGGUUUAUCUAUGGUGACUUUAACGGCUAGCAGUGGAUCAAAUGCAGUCGCGGAUUCCAUAGGUCAUCAAGAAAUAGUCUUGCAGCACUUGCGAUGACAAACUAAGAUACUGAUCUAAAUUGUGUAAUCUUUUCUUAAAACCCUUCUACUCUGCAUUGGAUUAGCUUCAGUUUCACUCCACUAAAGCUACAGAUCUCGCCCCAGUAAAUUUCCUUCGUUCAUCGAUCCAAAAUUACAUAAACGUGUUUAAAAUAAAUUGAUUAAUAAAUAACUCAUCGUCUAACAGAGCUCAACCCAGCAACGAGGCCAGUGUGUUAUACGCAUGAGCCGCGGCAAAAAAGCAGAAAAACAGGGGAGGGACGUUUGAAGUUCCGGCGGGAAACUGGCAUUCUUGGAUGCAACCGAACAGCAAAGCACGUAAAUUGAAUUCUGAAACAGUCCCAUAAUUCAUGGAGAAUCACGCACACUUCACUUCCACCAUUGCCCGGCCGACUGCUCUGAUCCCUUCCCUUCCCUUCGUCUCUACUAUAUAUAAAAUCGGAGGUAGCAGCACCACCACCAUGAUCAUCACCAUUUCCUCCUACUAGCUAAUUUGCAAUAUAUAUAAGCUCUACCAGCGAUGAAGAGCUCACCACUCCCGCUGCUGAUUCCUUGUCUGAUUCUGCUAUUGAUAUGCUCGAGCUGCUCUGCUUCGUCUCACCGCCUCCUGGCUUCCACCGCCGCUAGCUUCGACGGCGGAAGCAGCAGAGUUUAUGCACUCAGUGUUCCGUUGAGUAACGAUCAAGAAUUGGCGUCCGGGGUUGGGUAUGGUGCUGGCACCGGUGACGGAUCCGGGGUGGGGUACGGCUCUGGCUCUGGCACCGGCAGCGGUGGCGGAACUGGAAUUGGAGUCGGGAGCGGCGGCGGCGGAGGAGGUGGCGGGACGGGAGUCGGCGUUGGGUAUGGCGGCGGAUCAUCGUACGGGUCUGGAUGGGGGAGCGGGUCUGGAGGUGGAUUGGGGUAUGGGAUGGGCGGUUGGCCCGGUGGUUUUGGGUAUGGAGUCGGAAUCGGGACCGGGCCUGGCGGUGGCAUUCCAUUUAUUCCCUUUCCUGUCAACGGAGGCGGCGCUGGUGGUGGGAGUGGCAGCGGUGGCGGUGGCGGGGAGGGAUUCGGCGGGGGAAGUGGGAGUGGAAGCGGUGGGGGUGGCUCUGGCGGCGGAGGUGGUAGCAGUGGUGGCGGUAGCGGUGAAGGGUUUGGCAGCGGCAGCGGUGGGAGUGGAUUUGGCGGUGGAGCUGGGAGUGGUAGUGGGAACGGUAACGGUAACGGUAACGGUAACGACCAAGGGUCUGGCUCAGGAGCUGGUAGCGGCGGCAGCGGUGGUGGAGGAUUUGGUGCUGGAAGUGGGAGCGGAAGUGGUAACGGUGAAGGAUCUGGUUGGGGAGCUGGGAGCGGCAGUGGUGGUGGAUCUGGCUGGGGAGGUGGCAGCGGAAGUGGUAGCGGCGGUGGAUCUGGUGGCGGAGGAGAAAGCGGCGGUGGUAACAGUGAAGGGUCUGGUUCGGGAAUUGGGGGCGGCAGCGGUGGUGGCAAUAGUGGCGAGUCUGGAAGUGCUGGUGGUGGGGAAGGAAAUGGCAGCGGCAACGGCAGUGGUGGCGGAUCUAGCGGUGGUGGUGGAGAAGGGAAUGGUAACGGUAAUGGCAGCUCUGGCGGCGGUGGCAGCAGCAGUGGCGGCGUUUCUGGCGGCAGUGGUGGAGGAUCUAGCGGUGGUGGUGGAGAAGGGAACGGCAACGGUGGCGGGUCUGGCAGUGGAGGUGGGGGCGGCACCGGUAGCGGCGGUGGUAGUGGAGAUUAUAAUGGCGGUGGAGUUGGAAAUGGAGGAGGCGGGUCCGGCGGUGGAUCUGGAAGCAGUAGCGGUGGUAAUAUCGGUGGUGGGUCUGGCGGUGAAGGUGGGAGCGGCGGCAACAAUGGAGGCGUUAAUAAUGGUGGUGGAGCUGGUAAUGGAGGGGGUGGGUCCGGGGGCGGCACCGGCGCCGGGGCCGGGAGCGGAGGCGGCAGUGGUGGUGGAACUGGAAGCGGAGGUGGAUCCGGUGGUGGAACUGGGAGCGGAAGCGGCGGUAAUAUCGGUGGUGGGGGCGACAACGGUGGUGGGUCUGGCGGCGAAGGCGGAAGCGGCGGCAACAAUGGUGGCGAUAAUAAUGGUGGCGGAGCUGGUAAUGAAGGAGGUGGGUCCGGCGGUGGCAAUACUGGUGGCGGGGGCGGCAACGGUGCCGGUUCUGGCAGCGGUGGUGGUGGCUCGUACGGUCCUCCUGGCGGCCCAGCAUAUCCUCCAACAGCUCCUGGGCCUGGUAAUAAUUGUGGCAGCCCAUCAGGGCCUCCUGGUAACGGCCCAUGGGCCGGGGGCUGUGUUUGCAGCCAACAGUGUUCUCAGCAAUGCGGAUGGACCACCAACUUCAACGCGGCAGCUAUCAAUCACUGAAACAAAUUCGCUUCUGCAACCACAAAUACAGCAAGACAAUAAAGGAAAAUAUCAUAU